AUGUCGCUUCAUAUCAACCACGUGAGGUUUCUCCUUAUUGUGUUCAUUAUGGUUGUCGCUGUUGCCAUGGCCGGAGAAUGUUUUCCGGUUGAUUCUCCGGUGAAGCAAUAUUCAGCAGAAAGAGACUCAUCAACUUUUGAUGAAGUUUUCCACGGCGAUUAUGGUCAUUGGAAUCCGGCUCCAAACAUUCCAAAAGGAAAUCCAGCACCUGUUCCUCAUGAUUUCACACCACCACCACGUAGAUUGAAGGCGUAA